CGCUGUCGGCCCAGUCGCACAAUUAUGAGAAGGAGCCACCAGGCCGCUCCUGCCCUCGCCGCUGCUGCCGCCGCCGCCGCUCUGGAGCCCCAGCCGGAGCCUGCCGCGAGCCGUGCCCGCUGCCUCGGCGGCCACCCCCUCCGCAGCCUCCCGCCACGGCGGCGGCCUUCUGGCGGGGAGACGCCGCCGUCCCCGGCCGCCGCCGCCUCGCCCGGCCGCUUCGGCCUCGCGCCGCUGCCGGGCUCGGCGCCCAUAGAUGGAGACAGGCCCCGGAGCCGAACCCCGAGCCGGAGCCGCCCGGCGUGAGCAGAGCCAGAGCCGCCGGCCACCAGACAGCUCAGCCGCCGCCCGCCGCCCCUGAGGAGGAUGUCCCAGAAAUCUUGGAUAGAAAAUACUUUCACCAAACGGGAAUGUGUCUACAUAAUACCAAGUUCAAAGGAUCCUCACAGAUGCCUUCCAGGAUGUCAGAUUUGUCAGCAACUUGUCAGGUGCUGUUGCGGUCGCUUGGUACGGCAACAUGCCUGCUUCACCGCAAGCCUUGCCAUGAAAUACUCCGAUGUGAAGCUGGGUGAAAAUUUUAACCAGGAACUUGAGGAAUGGUCUGUAGAAAAACAUACAGAGCAGAGUUCAACAGAUGCUUACGGUGUCAUUAAUUUUCAAGGAGGCUCUCAUUCCUACCGAGCGAAGUAUGUACGAUUGUCAUAUGACACCAGACCUGAAGCGAUCCUACAACUUAUGCUUAAAGAAUGGCAGCUGGAACUGCCAAAACUUGUUGUUUCUGUACAUGGAGGGAUGCAAAAAUUUGAGCUUCACCCACGGAUCAAACAGUUGCUUGGUAAAGGUCUCAUUAAAGCUGCAGUAACAACAGGAGCCUGGAUUAUAACUGGAGGGGUGAACACAGGAGUUGCAAAGCACGUUGGCGAUGCCCUGAAGGAGCAUGCCUCCCGAUCAUCUCGAAAGAUUUGCACUAUUGGAAUAGCUCCUUGGGGAGUGAUUGAAAACAGAAAUGAUCUUGUUGGGAAAGAUGUUGUUGCUCCAUAUCAAACUCUGCUAAAUCCUUUAAGCAAAUUAAAUGUCCUGAAUAAUCUUCAUUCCCAUUUCAUAUUGGUGGAUGAUGGCACAGUUGGAAAAUAUGGAGCAGAAGUGAAAUUGCGGAGAGAACUGGAAAAAACAAUCAGUCAGCAACGAAUUCAUGCAAGAAUUGGCCAAGGUGUUCCUGUGGUGGCACUUAUCUUUGAAGGUGGCCCCAAUGUUGUUCUUACUGUUCUGGAGUAUCUUCAGGAAAGCCCUCCUGUGCCAGUUGUGGUCUGCGAGGGGACUGGCAGAGCUGCAGAUAUCUUGGCUUAUGUUUAUAAGCAAACAGAAGAGGGCGGAAGCAUCCCUGAUGGAGCUGAACCUGAAAUCAUUUCAACAAUCAAAAAGACAUUUAAUUUUGGUCAGAGUGAAGCGGUUCAUUUAUUCCAGACACUGCUGGAAUGCAUGAAGAAAAGGGAGCUGAUUACAGUGUUCCACAUUGGGUCUGAUGAACAUCAGGAUAUUGAUGUUGCAAUCCUUACAGCUCUAUUAAAAGGGACAAAUGCUUCUGCAUUUGACCAGCUUAUCCUUACCCUUGCUUGGGAUCGCGUUGACAUUGCCAAAAAUCAUGUUUUUGUUUAUGGACAACAGUGGCUGGUUGGCUCUUUAGAGCAGGCUAUGUUGGAUGCUCUUGUGAUGGACAGAGUUGCCUUUGUGAAACUUCUUAUUGAAAAUGGAGUAAGCAUGCACAAAUUUCUGACAAUUCCCAGACUGGAAGAACUUUACAACACCAAACAAGGCCCAACAAAUCCAGCAUUGUUUCACCUUGUUCGAGAUGUCAAACAGGGAAAUCUUCCUCCAGGGUACAAACUCACUCUGAUUGACGUUGGGCUUGUUGUCGAAUACUUAAUGGGAGGAACCUAUCGGUGCAUGUACACAAGAAAACGCUUCCGAGUGAUCUACAACAGCCUCAGUGGCAGCAACAGGCGCUCCGGGCGAAAUGCUUCAGGCAGCACCCCUCAGUUGCGUAAAAGCCACGAACCUUUUGGGAACAGGGUGGAUAAGAAAGAAAAAAUGCGGCACAAUCACUUCAUCAAAACUGCACAGCCUUACAAACCAAAGGCUGAUACUGCCACAGAUGAAGGGAAAAAGAAAAAAACCAAAGAUGACAUUGUCGAUAUUGAUGAUCCGGAAACCAGGCGCUUUCCAUACCCUCUUAAUGAGCUGUUACUUUGGGCGGUGCUAAUGAAGAGGCAAAAAAUGGCGCUCUUUUUCUGGCAGCAUGGCGAAGAGUCCAUGGCAAAAGCCUUAGUGGCCUGCAAGCUUUACCGUUCCAUGGCCUAUGAAUCAAAACAAAACGACCUGGUCGAUGAUACCUCAGAAGAACUAAAAGAAUACUCCAAUGAGUUUGGAGAGCUGGCCGUUGAGUUAUUAGAGCAGUCCUUUCGGCAAGAUGAAACAAUGGCAAUGAAGUUACUAACCUAUGAGCUAAAAAACUGGAGUAAUGCCACCUGCCUUAAACUAGCCGUGUCUUCACGCCUCCGUCCUUUUGUAGCACACACUUGCACCCAGAUGUUACUAUCGGAUAUGUGGAUGGGAAGGCUGAACAUGAGGAAAAAUUCGUGGUACAAGGUGAUCCUGAGCAUCCUUCUUCCCCCUACUAUAUUAAUGCUGGAAUACAAAACCAAGGCCGAAAUGUCUCACAUUCCUCAGUCCCAAGAUGCACAUCAGAUGACAAUGGAAGACAGUGAAAACAAUUUUCAGAACAUAGCAGAAGAAAUACCAAUGGAAGUGUUCAAAGAAGUCAGGGUCUUGGAUCAUUCUGACGGAAAACCUGAUAUGGAGAGCAUAAUAAAACCUAAGCGGCUUCCCAUUACACGGAAGUUUUACUCUUUUUAUCACGCACCAAUAGUGAAAUUCUGGUUCAACACGUUGGCCUACAUAGGAUUCCUAAUGCUUUAUACCUUUGUGGUUCUUGUGAAAAUGGAAGAAUUGCCUUCGGUUCAGGAAUGGAUUGUCAUUGCUUACAUUUUCACACUGGCGGUUGAGAAAAUCCGUGAGAUCUUUAUGUCAGAAGCUGGGAAGAUUAGUCAGAAGGUUAAAGUGUGGUUCAAUGAUUACUUCAACAUCAGUGAUACAAUAGCCAUUAUCACUUUCUUCAUUGGUUUUGUACUAAGAUUUGGAGCAAAAGGGAACUUCCAUGAAAAUACUUACAAAGUAAAUUACGUUUUCGUUGCUGGAAGACUCACUUACUGCCUGAAUAUCAUCUUUUGGUAUGUCAGACUGUUGGAUUUUCUGGCUGUAAAUCAACAUGCUGGACCCUAUGUCAUGAUGAUUGGGAAAAUGGUGGCGAACAUGUUUUAUAUUGUAGUGAUCAUGGCCCUGGUCCUGCUCAGUUUUGGAGUACCUAGGAAAGCAAUACUUUAUCCUAAUGAAGAACCGUCCUGGGUUCUAGCAAAAGAUAUUGUAUUUCAGCCUUACUGGAUGAUAUUUGGUGAAGUGUAUGCCUAUGAAAUUGACGUAUGUGCAAAUAAUUCGGAAACUAAGCACCUCUGUGUGACAGGAUCAUGGCUAACACCGUUUCUUCAGUCAGUAUACCUUUUUGUGCAGUACAUCAUCAUGGUCAACCUUCUCAUCGCCUUUUUCAACAAUGUGUAUUUACAAGUGAAAGCUAUCUCUAACCUUGUGUGGAAGUAUCAGCGUUAUCAUUUCGUUAUGGCCUAUCAUGAGAAACCCAUUCUACCUCCCCCUCUCAUUAUUCUCAGCCACAUGGCUUCUUUGUGCUACUGCAUUUGCAAACGAAGAAAGAAAGAUAAAAAUUCAGAUGGGCCAAAACUGUUUCUAACAGAAGAAGAUCAGAAGAAGCUUCACGAUUUUGAAGAGUUGUGUGUUGAGAUGUAUUUCAGUGAAAAAGAUAAUAAAUUCCACUGUCGGAGCGAAGAAAGAAUUAGAGUCACCUCUGAACGUGUCGAGCAGAUGUGCAUCCAAAUCAAGGAGGUUGGCGACAGAGUCAACUACAUCAAACGUUCCUUGCAGUCUCUGGACACGCAAAUUGGCCACUUGCAAGACCUCUCUGCUCUCACCGUGGACACGUUGAAAACUCUCACCGCCCAGAAAGCCUCAGAAGCAAGCAAGGUCCACAAUGAAAUCACCCGGGAACUGAGUAUUUCCAAACAUUUGGCCCAGAACCUCAUCGAUGAUGUUCCCUUAAGAUCUUCCAUGUGGAGGAAGCACAGUAUCGGCAACGCGUUCGGUUCUUCUUUCCCCCAAGGAGGCCUUGAAACUAAUAACGCAGCGCUGUGCAACAUAUCUAUGCAAGAAGAAAAAGAUCCAGGACAUAAGAUGACUGGUUUCACCAAGGGGGACGAAUUCAAUUUUCCCGAGGCGGGUUCCUCAGGGGGUGCCUUACUUCCGAAAGCUCUUUCUCCCACAGAACUUCGUCAAAGAGUACAGGGUAUACAAGUCUCCAAAUACAGUAAUAAAGUUAAGAAGGGUGGCAGUUCUCUAAACAGCCUCCCCUAUCUAACGUCUUUGUCCGCUAAGUUUUUUGUGAGCACUCCUUCUCAACCCAUUUGUAAAAACCAGUCGGAAAGCACCUCAAAAGAGGAGGACAUUCUGGUCCCAAAGGCUGCUGAAGGAGAAAACGCCGUUGAGUUUGGUGCAUUUGUGGGUCACAGGGACAGCAUGGAAUUGCAGAGGAUAAUGAGUAAAGAAAAAAGUGAUAGCAUUGAGGAGCAACAGGAAGACUUCAAAAAAGCUAUUCUGGAGGCCAUGGAGAAAGCAAAAGAUAAGGUCAGCAGUAAUACAGAAGGUCCUCUAAGGCACGUUAGUUCGUGUGAAGGCUUCAGUGAAUAUUGUAGAGCUGCGCGAUCAGAGCAAACUCACAAUAAGAGCAGAAGAGCAUCUACUGAGGAGAAUCACCAGGUGGACUCCAAGGCAGCCUUGCUCACAGAUUGGUUGCAAGGUCGAACUUCCUACAGGAAUGAAAUGUCUUCUGAGGAAGAUGCACUGAAUGGUAUAGCUUCCCCUUUCAAGCCCAUUAUGGAUACCACCUACUACUAUUCAGCUGUGGAGAGAAAUAAUUUGAUGAGGUUAUCGCAAAGCAUACCAUUCACCCCGGUGCCUCCAAGAGGAGAACCAGUCACUGUGUAUCGCCUCGAGGAAAGCUCUCCCAACAUUCUGAACAACAGCAUGUCUUCCUGGUCUCAGCUGGGUCUCUGUGCCAAAAUCGAAUUCUUAAGCAAGGAAGAGAUGGGAGGAGGUUUGCGUCGAGCCCUCAAGGUGGCCUGCACCUGGUCCGAGUACGAUAUUUUGAAAUCAGGUCACUUUUACAUCAUCAAAUCGUUUCUCCCCGAAGUUGUCAAUACCUGGUCAAGCAUUUACAAAGAAGACACAGUGUUACAUCUUUGUUUGAGAGAAAUCCAGCAGCAACGGGCCGCCCAGAAGCUCACUUUUGCCUUCAAUCAGAUGAAGCCCAAAUCGAUUCCAUAUUCUCCAAGGUUCUUGGAAGUGUUCCUCUUGUAUUGCCACUCCGCCGGGCAGUGGUUCGCCGUUGAAGAAUGCAUGACUGGAGAAUUCAGGAAGUACAACAACAACAACGGAGACGAAAUCAUUCCAACCAACAUGCUGGAAGAGGUCAUGUUGGCUUUCAGCCAUUGGACGUACGAAUACACGCGGGGAGAGCUGCUGGUCCUCGAUCUGCAAGGUGUCGGAGAAAACCUGACUGAUCCUUCCGUAAUAAAAGCUGAAGAAAAAAGGUCAAGCGAUAUGGUAUUUGGUCCUGCCAACUUGGGAGAAGAUGCCAUUAAGAAUUUCAGAGCUAAGCAUCACUGCAACUCCUGCUGUAGGAAACUUAAGCUUCCAGAUUUGAAAAGAAACGACUACACGCCUGAUAAAAUCCUGCUGCCUCAAGAAGACUCUCCAGAGCUGACUAUUCAGCCCGGGAGCUGCACCAAAGAAUCCAACUCAACUGGUUCCAGACACUUGAUGCUGUAACAUUACACCCUGGCUUUUUACCAAACGCUUGGCAACGGUCAAAUCGGUUCCGGUGCCCUCCUUGUCUCUGUGCUGGCUCUGGCCCUGGAAACUGACCCAUAGUUUUAGGGAGGGGUUCUCGUGAAAUACAGGCGUAGUCUGCAGAGGAGGAGCUGGCAGGCUGCCUAUUUGUUCUUCAAGUUCCUUUUUCCCAAGGUGGAAUCGAAUUAAGUAUUUAUGAAGUAGCUUUUUUUUUUUAAAAAAAAAGAAGCAUUUUAGCGGAAGGAAUUCACUGUCCAUUUUAGUACCUUAUGGUUCUGCAGAGGGUCUCUCUCUCUCUCUCUCUCUCUCUCUCUCUCUCUCUCUCCCUCUCCCUCUCCCUCUCCCUCUCCCUCUCCCUCUCCCUCUCCCCCCCCACUCUUUCUCGGCCCCUUCACGCUGUAGUGCAAUAUGUGUCCAUGACCAAAUGACAUUUUGGCUUUCAAUGGUCCUAAGGCAGAGAGUGUUCCAGGUUAUUGGCAGCUGGUUUCUGUCAAUCUGACCAGAGAAAUGAGAGAAAGCUGCCACCUUCUCUUGCUCCCUUUGCCAAAGGGUUCUUGGACACACCUCAUGGGGUCGGGCUGAAUAUUCACGUGGCUGAAUAGGAACGAACUGCUCCUAAGCAUAUCGGUCUUUGUGCCAGUAAGCAUUGAGCUACAAGGGGUGUGAACCUCUGGUUCCUUUCCCCUCCCCAGGUGUUCAAUCGCCUUGUCUCCUGCAUCAGGAUUCACCCGCGGAAGUGUGGAGCCAGUUUGCAUGGAUGGAUUGUGUGUAAUGAAUUCCCCCCCCCCUUUUU